UUUCAGUUGUAUUUGUAGUACUCGUUACUACCGUUGGUGGCUCUGUUGGUUCGUCAAAACAAACAGAAGAAGUUCAAUCAAAACAGAAGCGCUAACCGAGCUCAUCUCAUCGAGUUUUACAUUUUAAAGUUAAAUUUCUCUUUUCUGAAUCAAAUCAACAUUGGAUCAAGAUCUGCUUUGUCCACCAUGUUUCCUUGCAGCAAAUGUGGGAAGAGCUACUCCUCAUCGCACGCUUUAAGACGUCACCUGCGCAUUCACUCUGGAGAGCGACCGUACAGCUGUGAUUUCUGCUCCAAGACUUUCACCUGGAAGCACAACGCCAAAACACACAUCCAGAUUCAUGCCGUCAAACCGUACGACUGUGAAAUUUGUGACAAGCAAUUUCGAUCCUCCAAUGAACUCACCCACCAUCUGAGAAAGCACUUUGAUGUGAUGCCUCAUGUUUGUACGGACUGUGGAGAAGGAUUUGAGCGGCCAGCACAGCUCAGGGUUCACAACUGUCCCAGCGGAGCUAAAGUCACGGAUGAAGAAAUUCUCAAACAGUUGGAGAUGACUGAAAAUAACAGUUCUUCUUUCACCGCAGGAGAAGCAGAUCUAGGAAAUGUAGAUGAGAGACCAGAGGAUGAACAGUAAAAACAUGUCAGAAAUGUAUAUAUAUAUAUUUUUGUUACUAUAAAGUUUAAAUUACUGUUGCCUUACGUUUACAUGGUUUAUUCAAGUGUGUUAGAGAUCUUGUGUUAGAGAUCUUGUGUUUUACAAUUAUAAUUUUUACUGAUUUAUGAUUGUGAAGUAACAGCCAGCCAGCCAGUGUAAGUAUAUAAGUAUUGACAACACUUGACAACACAAAAUAUGUGACAAUAUUAAAUGUAAGGUUAGAAUUGCAGGCUAAGACCUAUAGUUGCAUUAAGUUUACUGGUAACAUGGUUUCUUAGACAUUCUGCAUUUCUGUAUAUUAUUAUUAUUUGUACUUCAUGACAUUAUUUGAACAAUAGCUGGUUGUCAUCAGUUUGGAGAUGGAUACGUUUAAUGCCAUACUGUGGAGUAUUCCAGGCACAGUAAUAACAUCUUCUUGAAGAUAAGCAUGUGCCCGACUCCAUCAGAAAAGUUAGAAAAAGAAAAGCAAAUUGUUCACGGAAAUAAUAAGUUGUGACCAAACUAUAAAUUACCAACAUUUAUUUAAUGUAUUAUUUUUAAUGUAUGUAUGUUUGUUUGUUUGUUUGUUUUGUUUUGUUUUUGAAUGAUAAAUAAAAUGAAAAAAUAA